UUAACGGUUUAAUGGAGUGUGUAUUCUGUCCAUAGGUGCAGGAGACUAAAAAAAUAUGCAAAUAUUCAAAUGUACAUUAUAAAAAUUGUGUAUAUAUGUAUUGCUUCCUCAGAAAUUAAAGGCUAAAAUGGAGAAGGAAAUGCCGUUUGUUCCUCCAGGCUCGCCGUACUAUCAAGACACUCUCACAUGACUUUACUCUUGUGACACAUUCCUUCACAAAAACGAAAUUUAAUGGCAUCAUGAAGCAUGAGAUCUUAUCAGUUUCCGUGUAUGCUGAAUAUAUUACUGGUAUUUGGUUCCUCGUGAAAUAGUUAACAGAAUUCUCUAAGCGAAAAUGAAUCUUUAGGUUUGUGGUCUCAGACUGUUGGACCAGUUGCCAUGCAGUGCUUUGGUUUUGUAUUACCUUCCCUAUUUGUUCUAAGCAUAAAUAACCAUAUUUUGUGGUAUGCCAAAGAUAUAGGAACUCACUCAAAAAUGAAAAUUAGCUGAAAAUGUAUUCACCCGCAGGCCAUCCAAGAUCCACAGAUUUGGAUCAAUUUAGCAUUACAUCACUUUAUCACCAAUCGAUCCUCUGUAGUACAUGGGUGCCGUCAGAAUGAGAGUCCAAACAGCUUAUACAAACAUCACAGCAAUCCACAUGUAAUUCACCUGUCUCCAGUCCACAUGCCAGCAUCUUGUGAAAUAAAAAGCUACAUUAUGUUUGUAAUAAAGAAACCCAUACUGAAAAAUAUUGUCAUUAAUUUCUCUCCCUCAUGUUGUUCCAAACCGUAAGACCUUUGUUCAUCUUUUGAACCCAAAUGAUGUUAUUUUGCAUACAAUGUAAGACAUUUCUGACCCUACAUAUACAGCAACGCAACUGACAUUUUUAAGGCCCAGAAAAGUAGUGAUCCGACAUAACAAAUUUAUAAAAAUAAAUGAACACAUUUAUUGAUGUAGUAAGGACAUCAUUAAAAUACCAAGUCCAUGUGACAUCAGUGGUUCAACCGCCAUUUUAUGAAGCAACAAGAAUACUUUUUGUGCACAAACUAAAAAUAAAUUAUUACUUUAUUCAACAAUUUGUCACCAUCUGCUGCCAUUCAUGUGAGUACCAUGCCAUGUUUUUGUUUUCUUUGUGCACAAAAAGUAUUAUUGUAGCUUUGUUAAAUUACGGUGGAACCACUAGUGUUACAUGGACUAUUUUAACAAUGUGUUUACUACGUUCAUCUUUGGAACACAAAUUAAGAUAUUUUUGAUGAAAUCCAAUAGCUCUCUUGUGUCUGAAAUCUAUGAUAUUCUCCAAAAUGGUACAAUAAUGUUUCGGAGGAGAAGAAUUGUUGAAUAAAGUCUUUUUUUUUUUUUUGUGCAACAAAAAUGGAUGAACCACUGAUGUCACAUGGACUCUUUUGUCGAUAUUCUUGGUAGCUUUCUGGACCUUGACUGUAGGACCCUAUUUAUGGGAGGGUCAGAGAGCUCUCGGAUUUCAUCUUAAAUAUAAUAAUUUGUGUUCCAAAGAUGAACCAAGGCCUUAUGUUUUUGGAAUGAUGUGAGGGUGAGCAAUUACUUUAUUCAACAAUUGGUAACUGUCUGCUGCCAUUCACAAGAGUUUCAUGCCAUUUUUUUGUUUUCUUCGUGCACAAAAAGUUUUCUUGUAGCUUUGUUAAAUUACGAUGGAACCACUGCUGUCACAUGGACUAUUUUAACAAAAAGUCGAUUAUAUGUUGUCCACUCUCAACAAAAUCCACUGAUAUAUUUGGUUAGAACAGUUUUAGACUGUUUGUGCUUGUGAAUGGCAAAUAUCUAUGCUUAUUUCUAUCCUAAUUCAGACAAGAUUACUUUUUCACUGUAUAAAUCAAUAUUAUGGAUAGAGGACUCGUAUUUUAGCUGGAAGCAACAGUUUAAUGUCAAAACACUUUCAUAAUUUAUUUCAUUAUUGGAAACACCCAGCAUUUCAAUGUUGACAAAUGGACUAGAGUUGUGUGGAUCACAUAUGGAUUAUUAUGUUUUUAUCAGUGGUUUGGACUCAUUUUGAUGGCACCCAUUGUUGUGCACUGCAGCUCAGACAUACAGUUGAUAUAAACAUAAAAAUAAUUCACAAAUAAUGCACAACACUUCAGAUUCCAUAUGACAGUGGACUUUGAUGUGAGAAGACAACAGGGGAUGGACUUUUUCACAGGAGUUGUUAUUGUUAUGGAUUGUGGACUGGUAAUUUGGCCAAAAGCACUGGUUUAAAAUUAUAAAAAGUCUUAAUGGUGGAUUAGUUUUGAAGGACUGGAGACGUCUGGAUUACUUGUGGAUUACUGUGAUGUUUUUAUCAGCUGUUUGGACUCUCAUUUUGAUGGCACCCAUUCACUUGCAGAGGAUCCAAGUGAUGAAAUGCGAAAUUUCUCCAAAUCUGUUCAGAUGAAGAAACAAUCUUAACUACAUCUUGGAUGGCCAGAAGCUGAGUUCCUUUUCUUUUUUUUGUGUGAAGUGUGAACAAUUCUUUUAACUGGAUUGCUUCUCUUUCAACAGAUCACCAAUGGCAGAGACAGCAACUUUGACUGAUUCCAGACGCUUAUUCUUCCUCUACGAUAGUUCAAAGGUUCAAGAGGAGGGUGACCUGACUAGAGAUGGGAUUUACUAUUUCUCUCCUGAGGAUACACCAAUAGACCAACAAGAGCUGCUUUGUGGCCAGCUGGCCGGUGUGUGUCGUUGUGUAUCUGAGCUGUCCUCAUCUCCUGUACGUCUGCUUCGCCUGCGCAAAAGCAAAUAUGCAGUCCGCAUGGAGGAUAACUUUCUUUGGGCAUUGAGCUGUGUGGCUGACAUUCCUGAUGUGAGUGUGUGUGACUUACUUGAUCAGCUGAUUGCCCUCUUCUGUUUCUACAAUGGACCUGUGCAUCACAGCUACCAGUUGUACAGUAAAGAGGAGUUGGCUCUACGAUGGGCCAGAUAUCUCUGUCACCUGCAGGGCGGCUCCACUGAGCUGCACAACAUCUUCAGCUGCUUGAGGACCAUUGACUCCACGCAUAUUGACCCUCUGCUGCUGCUGAAGGCUGCUCUUAUUCUUCAGGCAUGUCAGCGAUGUCCUUUGGUCUUGGCAGGCUGUAUCCUCUACAGGGGCAGGGUGGUUAGUACUCAGAUGCCGCCUGCGCUGACAGUGAAGGUGAUGGCGUAUGAGACGCAAACGUACAGCCAGGAUUUCCAGGUGAUGGCCAAUGGCCUGAGCUCAUCGGUGGGCUCACCGUCCUCUUCCACAGCUACUACACAGGUGUUCCUGAUGCCCACUGAACUGCACAUGCUCCGCUGCCCCCCAGUGGAUAGAGCAUGCAGGUCUCACUGCAGUCAACCUUCCUGCCAACCCAGCAAGUCCCGCCUCUUGUCGCGCACUUUAUCUGACACCCCAACCACAGAUACUGACUCUUCAGGCUUCGAUCCCACACAUUGUCCCCCAACAUCCUAUCAGACAGUGCCAUCUUCUCCUCGCUCCUCACUCUCUGAUGAACUGUGUUUCAGUCCUUCUCCAUCACGUGUUAACACUCCCAUUAACUCCAAUCUCAUGAACCAAUCUGAGUAUUUCACUCCUGACUCACAUGACCUCAGCACAUCUAACGGGACCAACUUGCGUGCGGUGGAAGAAAGCUUGGCAGGCCUGAACAUAAAGCAGGGUAUAGAUGCAAACUCGGGGUCAGAACAUUCAGAUCAGGACAUUCAGAGUGAAGAAAUCAAGGCCCUCGCCAAUGGCAAUGAGCAGUCAAACUUUCUUGACAACCAAUCUGACCUUGGUAACCUGAUGAAAAGUGAAGAAAAUAAACUGGAUGUUAACAAUCAUGUGAUCAAUAAAAAUGGAACAUUCCAAGAAGAAACUGAGGAAGAGGCAAAAUCAAAGAGCAAACAAGUCAAUAGGAAACUCAAGAAGAAAUAUGAACCCACAAACACGCCCUCACCACAUGAGAGCCUAGCAGACACCUCUCUCGUUCCAUCUCUAUUAUACCAGCAUAGAGUCAAAGGUUUGGUGUUGGCCCUGCUGGUCGAGCCUGAGUUCAACACAGACCCCUCCGCCAGAGAUGAAGUGCAUCACAGCAGCUUGGCAUCAUUAAACGGGCUUGAGGCUCACUUGAGAAAUACCUCACCUGGGACACCAGGCCCACCCGGGCCCUACACCUUUGCUCACUAUGACUGCAUUCAAAACACUCUGACUACUAAUGUAUGUGGGCGCUCCGUUGGACCCCAGGAUCAGGCCUUUGUGAAGGCCACUAAGCUGGUCCAUUCACAUUUCUCACGCUUAGACACACUACAGGAAGCCAUUGUCAGGAACGCCAGCUCGGCAGUGUAUGGAACCCGUACCACGGCCCAGGAGACAUAUUUUCUCCAGCAGGGAACACCUGUCAGAAACUCGGGAAGUCCUGAUCCUCAGGAUAGUGCCUUCUCACUACCCAGAAAAGCCCGUCUGCGGCUCCUUAAACAUGGAGUUAACCUGCCUUAGCUGGGCUCUUUUUAUUUAAGAUUUGAAUUCCUGUUAUAUCUCUUUCUUUUCAUAGAUAUUCACCAUAUUUGUAUGUCUCUCGCACCUUGCAGCUACCCAGAAUGUAAUUAAGGCUUAUAUAAUAGGCUAUUUAUAAUAGGCUGCUGUUUGUUCAUUUUGUAAUUAAAAGUAGAGGCUGAAAUUUAUAAUAUACUGUCAUUCCAAGUAAUACUAACAUAUAUAGGAGGUGUCUCCAUCCGAGAGACAGAUUCUGCUGUAGCCCUUUACAGUUUAAGUGGAAUAGAGAACUGAGGCUGAGACCAUUCAGUGUUACUGUUAGAUAGAUGUGUAUAACUGUUGAAACUGCCAGCUUUUUUUAAUGGAACAAAAUUGUGCUAGAGUCUUAAUAAAUCUCCUUUAGUAAA